UCUGGGCAUAUGGGAUUUCUGGGCUAUGGGAUUUGUGGCUUAUGGGAUUUCUGGGAUCUAUGGGGUGAACGGGAUUUCGGGGCGCUCCCCCCCCCCGCAGAGUACGUGGUGCGGCACUGGCAGGACGACGCGUUUUUCGGGGCGCAGUUCCUGAGCGGGGUGAACCCCGUCCUCCUGCGCCGCUGCUCCCGCCUGCCCCACAACUUGGCCCUCACCCCACACAUGGUGGCCGCCUCCGUGGGGCCCGGCACCUCCCUGCAGAAAGAGAUGGAGGAGGGCCGUGUUUUCGUGGCUGACUACGCGCUGCUGUGGGAUCUCCCCGUGGGGCAGAUCGGGGGCGAAGCCCAGCACGUGGCAGCGCCGCUCUGCCUGCUGUGGGUCAGCCCCACGGCGCAGCUGCUGCCCAUCGCCAUCCAGGUGCUGCCCCACAACCUCCCUGCCCCAUAACCAAACUGCCCCAUA